CUACUUUUUAAAAUUGCGGUUAAAAAUUGGUAUUUUGGCUUUCACAUGUGGGUAAUUAUAAAUAACUGCAUUGGCAACACUGGUGUUUGUAAACAAGCAUAAGCAGUGGUUAGGCUGGAAAGUUGUGAUUGUUGUACAAUAUCGAAACAAUGCAAUCCCACGUGGGAGUGUCUUGGGGCCUGGUGAGAGAUGUUAUCGAUCUUAAACAAAGAUAUGACGUGCUGGGCGCUUCUCAUGAAUCAUUUAUUCAAGCUUGGCACGACGAAAAAAUGCCAUACAUUAUAUGCGGCCUGCAGUCCCUGGCGGAGACCCUGGAGUUCACGGAGGAGACGUACCACGUGGCGAGUGCCUACCUCAGCCCGCCCGCCACCUACAAGGAGCGCGUGUUCGGCAUGUACCUGCUGGAUGCCUUCUACAACUGCCAGCACCUCAAGGGCGAGGUGAAGGUGCUGGUGACGCUCUCCGAGUGGAACGAUCUUCUGGAGCUGCAGAAGAGCUUCCAGGAGAACGGCGACGACAAGGCAGCGUUCCUGUUCUGCCUCAUGAGGAUCAACAACGCCUUCGUUGCGUCCGCGGCCACGCGCGCCUACGGCCUGGAGAAGAACUUCAGGAAGUACUUCAACUCGCUGAAGGACUACUACAGGUACUCGUCAUACAACUACACCCACUCGCAAGAGCUGCUGGAGAGCAGCGUUAUCUCGGAGUUGGACCAGCUGCGCUGCGAGAGCAAGGCCCUGCGAGAGAAGCUGGCCAAUCCCUGUUCCUCAGUCUUCUCGCAAGAUCUUCCCGACGUGAAGCUGGCUCUGCAGGAGGUGAUAUACAAGACCAAGAUAUCCGAGGUGUGUGCGCGCUACAGCAUCCGGGAGGCUGUGGAGGAGAGCAGCGGAGAUGAAGAACAAGCUGUGGAGAUUGGCAGCAGGCGCCGGCACAUCAAGGACCGGUCGUUCGCCGCGCUGCAGGAGUCUCCGCGGCACCGGCGCGGCGGCCAGGAGUCGGGGCCCGACGGGCACGGCUCCGACGAAGACUACUGCCCCGGCAAGGCCUCGCCCCAGAGCAAGAGGCCGGCGGGUCGCAGGGGGCGGCCCAGGAAGCUGGCCAAGUGAGCCGUUCCGACCGACUCUGGGGCAGAUAGCUUCUCCGCCGGAGACUACCCAGGAACACAUGCUGAUCCUGUUGACGUGUCACUGUUCCUCCCGACUUGAGCGAGGACCUCCGCAUUAUCCACUUUACAUCGAGCGUGAACCUAUCUAAGUCUCCUGAAAAAUUGAUCCAAGUUUUAAUGAACGUGAUUAAUCGUGAUAUCUGUUGUGUGUGGAGGUACGGGCGUCAGGUGCACACAUCUUUUAACUUUGCUUCGGCCGCCAAUGAAUAAAUUCUAUCUGCUAUCUGCACCCCACGAUAUGUGAGACACAAAAGUAAUAGUGCUGUAAAUCCUUGAACAUUGCUGGUAGCGUGCCGUGCAAUCUCUCUCCCCUCCUGUCUUUCCCCCUACUCCCGACACUAGCACGCCCUUUUGGAGACGUGGUUCAUCUAACACAACAGGAAGAAGAACUCAAGUGGCAAUAAAGUGUCCGGAAAAUUCUUGUAGCUCAGCAUUGAGUAGUAGAUGAAAGUUAUGCCUGCAUUUAAUUUUAAUUACAUACUUGGCUGGCAGAGGAUGCAUGUUAAAGAAAGUAGAUGCAGAGGUAAUUUAACAUAACUUCAGUGUAUGUCUAGCAGACAGCCCUGACUACUGUACUCAGUGUGUAGUAAUGUGAAAUGUUGUCCUGUGUCUGGCAAAUAAUUGCAUACAGUUGUUCACACAUGAUGAGUGGACAAUAUGUAAAUUAUAUGCCUUUGUACCUAUCACUCCUACGAGUGUCUGUAAAUGAAAUAAAUUUUUAUUUUUUAUUGACAA